UCCGAAAUGGAGGAAAUGUCGGAAAACGUGGCGACGCUGAAGAAGGCACUGGACCGGUUUCAGGACUUCUUGCAAACUCCCUAUUGCAGCAAUAGCUUGAGGAAGGAGAUCUCCGGUCUUCAAAAUACCUUCCUGGUGCCACCGGUUUCAGAUGUCCAAGCCGCGGUCGCCAAAAUCCUGGACACUUUGCUGAACUGGGUGGAUGCAACGGAAGGUCUCCUUCGAGACGUGGGUCUGGAUGGAUCCGGCUCUGGAAAAGGAAUGCCCUCUUAUAUGAAGCAGCUGCGGGACCUCCAUUGUAACACUAUGGGCCAACUUCAGACGUUACAGGACCAGCUAAAAAUGGCCAAAGACUCUCAGGAUACGAUGCUCCAGGAACGACUGAAGGAGCUGCAAGAAAAACUCGAGGAGAAAUUUCAGGGCAAAGAGAGGGAAGAUCUGGAAGUUGAGAAGGAGCACAGAAAG